AUGGUUAGUUUGCUCACAAGUGUCAUUGCGAGUGGAAAAUGUUGCAAACUGUAUUUUUUAUUAGUAUUUUAUUAUGUUGCUGUAAAAAAAUUCCAAAACAGUCACUUAAAGUUACUCACACUUUAGUUGUGUGUGUGAUGUUGUUUCAGGUUCACCAGGUGACAUUGGGUACCCCGGCCCUGCCCUGCCCAUGUAUGCACUCACUAACUGUUAGUCGCUCUGGAUAAGAGCGUCUGCUAAAUGACUAAAAUGUCAAAUGUUUAACAGAGCAAAUGAAAUGUGACCAUACUUUAUCACUGAUAUAUCAUCAAUGAUGCUAUUUAGAGCUAAAUUGUAUUUGCAACAGCUAUUGUUUCAGCUCAACCCACAAUUCAACUAAAAAUAGACAAUACAAUAGGCCUAACUUUUCAAGCUUUUGUUGAUUUCAAAUUGAAUUAUAUAUAAGUUUCAAGUUUUUAUUGUCACGUGCACAAGUACAGUGAAAUGCCUUUCUUGCUCUUUCCCAACAAUGCAGUAAUCACUAUCAGUAGUCCUAUAACUAAUAAAUAUAAAAGUCAAGUAGAACAAAGACAUACAAGGAACAGAAAUAAGAGAACACGAAGUAAGUAAGCUAUAUACAGGACAAGGUCAGUUCCAGGGUCAGUGCCAAUACCAUAUUUACAAUGUGCAGGGAUAUUGGAGUGGUAGGGUUAGAUAUGUAUAGUGGCAUGGUGACUAGGCAUCAGGAUAUAUGAUAAACAGUGUAACAGCAGCGUAUAUGAUGAUUGUAUGUGAGUGUGUGUGCGUGCGUGUUAUCUCCACUACGGUCCCGUCGAUGUGGAUAGGGGGGUGCACCCUGUGCUGUUUCCUGAAGUCCACGAUCACCUCCUUUGUUUUGUUGACGUUGAGUGAGAGGUUAUUUUCCUGGCACCACACUCCCAGAGCCCUCACCUCCUCCCUGUAGGCUGUCUCUUCAUUGUUGGUAAUCAAGCCUACUACUGUUGUGUCGUCUGCAAACUUAAUGAUUGAGUUGGAGGUGUGCUUUGCCACGCAGUCAUGGGUGAACAGGGAGUACAGGAGUGGGCUGAGCACGCACCCUUGUGGGGCCCCAGUGUUGAGGAUCAGUGAAGUGGAGGUGUUGUUUCCUACCUUCACCACCUGGGGGCGGCCCGUCAGGAAGUCCAGGACCCAGUUGCACAGGGCGGAGUUCAGACCCAGGGCCUUGAGCUUAAUGAUGAGCUUGGAGGGUACUAUGGUGUUGAAUGCUGAGCUAUAGUCAAUAAACAGCAUUCUUACAUAGAUAUUCCUCUUGUCCAGAUGGGAUAGGGCAGUGUGCAGAGUGAUGGCGAUUGCAUCGUCUGUGGCUCUAUUGGGGCGGUAAGCAAAUUGAAGUGGGUCUAGGGUGGCAGGUAAGGUAGAGGUGAUAUGAUCCUUGACUAGUCUCUCAAAGCACUUCAUGAUGACAGAGGUGAGUGCUACGGGCAGUGGUGGAAAACGUACCCAAUUGUCAUACUUGAGUAAAAGUAUAGAUACCUUUAAUAGAAAGUUACUCAAGUAAAAGUGAAAGUCACCCAGUAAAAUACUACUUGAGUAAAAGUCUAAAAGUAUUUGGUUUAAAAUAUACUUAAGUAUCAAAAGUAAAUGCAAUUGCUAAAAUAUACUUAAGUAUCAAAAGUACAAGUAAAAGUAUAAGUAAUUUCAAAUUAUUUAUAUUAUGCAAACCAGACGGCACCCUUUUCUUGUUUUUAAAAUGUAUGGAUAGCCAGGGGCACACUUCAACACUCAGACAAUAUUUACAAAAGAUGCAUUUGUGUUUAGUGAGUCCACCAGAUCAGAGGCAAUAGGGAUGACCAGGGAUGUUCUCUUGAUAAGUGCGUGAAUUACACAAUUUUCUUGUCCUGCUAAGCAUUCAAAAUGUAACGAGUACUUUGGGUUGUCAGGGAAAAUAUAUGGAGUAAAAAGUACAAUAUUUUCUUUAGGAAUGUAGUGAAGUAAAAGUAAAAGUUGUCAAAAAUAAAGUACAGAUACACCAAAAAACUACUUAAGUAGUACUUUAAAGUAUUUUUACUUCAGUACUUUACACCACUGGCUACGGGGCGAUAGUCGUUUAGUUCAGUUACCUUUGCUUUCUUGUGUACAGGAACAAUGGUGGCCAUCUUGAAGCAUGUGGGGACAGCAGACUGGGAUAGGGAGAGAUUGAAUAUGCCCGUAAACACACCAGCCAGCUGGUCUGCGCAUGCUCUGAGGACGCGGCUAGGGAUGCCUUCUGGGAAGGCAGCCUUGCGAGGGUUAACACAUUUAAAUGUUUUACUCACAUCGGUCACGGAGAAAGAGAGCCCACAGUGCUUGGUAGUGGGCCACGUCGGUGGCACAAAGAGGGCAAAGAAGGUGUUUAGCUUCUCCGGAAGCAAGACGUCGGUCUCGGCGACGUGGCUGCCAUCUAUCCACGGUUUCUGGUUAGGGUAGGUUUUAAUAGUCACAGUGGGUACGACAUCUCCUAUACACUUCAUGAUAAACUCAGUUACCGUAUCAGUGUAUUCGGCAAAAUUAUUUUCGCAAGCUACCCGGAACAGAUCCCAGUCCGCGUGAUCAAAACAAUCCUGAAGCGUGGAUUCCGAUUGGUCAGACCAGCGUUGGAUAGUCCUUAGCACGGGUACUUCCUGUUUGAGUUUCUGCCUAUAGGAAGGGAGAAACAAAAUGGAGUCAUGGUCAGAUUUGCCGAAAGGAGGGCGGAGGAGGGCCUUGUAAGCUUCCCGGAAGUUUGAAUAACAGUGGUCAAGUAUUUUAGCAGCGUGAGUACUAUAGUCGAUAUGUUGAUAGAACUUCAGUAGCCUAGUCCUCAAAUUUGCUUUGUUAAAAUCCCCAGCUACAAUAAAUGCAGCCUCAGGAUAUGUGGUUUCCAGUUUGCAUAAAGUCCAGUGACGUUCUUUGAGGGCCGUCGUUGGUAUCGGCUUGUGGGGGGAUAUAAACGGCCGUGACUAUAACGGAGGAAAAUUAUCUUGGGAGAUAAUACGGUCGGCAUUUGAUUGUGAGGUGUUCUAUGUCGGGUGAACAAAAGGACUUGAGUUCCUGAAUGUUACUACAAUUACACCAUGAUUCGUUAAUCAUGAAACACACACCUCCGCCCUUCUGCUUCCUGGAGAGAUAUUUAUUCCUGUCUGCGCGAUGAACUGAGAAUCCCUCUGGCUGGACUGAUUUCGACAGAGUAUCCAGAGAGAGCCACGUUUCCGUGAAACAAAGUAUGUUACAGGCCCUGAUGUCUCUCUGGAAAUAAAUCCUUGCCCUGAGCUCAUCAACUUUGUUAUCCAAAGACUGAACAUUAGCGAGUAAUAUACUCGGAAGCGGUGGGUGGUGUGCGCGCCUCCUAAGUCGAACCAGCAGGCCACCUCGAGUGCCUCUCCUCCGCCGGCGAUGUUUUGGGUCGGCCUCUGGAAUCAGUUGAAUUGCUCUGGGGAGAGCGAACAAACGAUAUUUUCGGGGAAGUCGUAUUCCUGGUCAUAAUGCUGGUAGUUCUGGUGAGUUACCUCCGCUCUGAUAUCCAAUAGUUCUUCCUGGCUGUAUGUAAUGACACAAAACAUUUCCUGAGCUAAUAAUGUAAAAGAUAAUACAUAAAAAACAAAAUACCCUCAACGUUUCCUAAGAGCUAGUCGCGAUGCCGCCAUCUCCGUUGGCGCCAUUCGUUGUGGGUGAACAAGGACUACAGGAGGGCACUAAACACACACCCCUGUGGGGCCUCUGUGUUGAGGGUCAGCAUGGAAGAGGUGAUGUUGCCUACCCUCACCACCUGGGGUCGGCCCGUCAGGAAGUCCAGGAUCCAGUUGCAGAGGGAGGUGUUCAGUCCCAGGAUCCCAAGCUUGGUGACGAGCUUGGAGGGGACUAUGGUGUUGAACGCUGAGCUGUAGUCAAUGAAAAGCAUUCUCACCAGAGUAGGCUGGUGGGAGGAGCUAUAGGAGGAUGGGUUCAUUGUAAUGGCAGGAAUGGAAUAAAUGGAACGGUAUCAACCACAUGUUUGACUCCGUUCCAUUAAUUCCAUUCUAGUCAUUACAAUGAGCCCGUUCUCCUAUAGCUCCUCCCACCAACCUCCUCUGAUUUUCACAUAGGUAUUCCUCUUAUCUUGGUGGGUGAGGGCAGUGUGGGGUGAAAUUGAGAUUGCAUCAUCUAUAGAUCUGUUGGGGCGGUAUGCAAAUUGGAGUGGGUAUAGGGAAAUGCUUACCAACCGGUCGAUUGUGAUCUUCAAGGCAUUCUUAGUCGAUCACCAAACGUUUCUGAAGAAAAUAUUUUUUAAAAAGAAAGAAAAAAAAGGAGAUUGACUGGUCGAUCUUCAAGGCAUUCCUUUUGGGGGGGUUUCGCUGUUGGCGGUAGGUGCACUUAAUUCAGAAGCCCUGCGCACCGGGUAAGCAAAGUGUUCCCAUUUUGAACCAUUUCAUUUGUCUGAAAAGACAAACCCCAGGUGGUGAUUGGAGAUCUGUGGCUAACUCGAGUGCGCCUACUGUGCUGGCCAAUCAGAUAGCUCAAAUCACCAUGCCUACAGAGCUUCCACGACCACGGCCACAGCAACGGUUGAUACUAGCCUACAUAAGAUUUAAUAAUUUUUUUAACCAUGACCACAGACACUGUCAAUGAAUACAGCGAAGAGCUGCUGUUUUAUGAGUGAGUUCAUGUUAUAUUUUUUAUUCAGCACUGUCAACACUGUUUUUAUUCAACACUAUUACAAAACAUAAAACGGGCUUCUCCCUAAUUCCACUCGCGCUGCAGCUGCAAUGAAUGAGUAGCCAAGUGUAUCGAUAACCCUGCGUUUUUAUUAUUAUUAGCAGCUCGUUGUGUCUGUUUUAAUAUUAAGGAAUAUUUCACUUUCUCUGGUCAUAGGAACAACAUGAAUUUGUGCAUAGGGCAGAUGUGGUGCGACUCGAGUUUCGCCAUCAGGUAGAAGACUGUGUCCCCUCUCUCUGGUCAGCCUCACUGGAGGGAAGGAAGCAGAGAGCAGAGGACAGUGAGAGGCGGACCUUCUGCUGCUCUCUCCCUCCCUCCCUCUGCUGACACUAAUGCCGUGUUCACAACAACUGGGAACUUGGAAAUCGCCGACUUCAGUGCGUUCAAGACAACUGGGAACUCAGAAAAAAACUAGAUCUGACUCUGGCAUCUUUCUAGACCUCCGACUUUCCAACCUGAAGAUCACUGACGUCAUGAUUUGACCUUGUUUCUUUCCGAGUUCCCAGUUGUCUUGAAAGCACCAUGACCAUCAGAUACAGGUACCAUCAGUCCAGUAAAAAAAUAGCAAAUUAUUAGCAAAAUAUUUCAAUUUAUGCUCAGCUGUGCCUCGCAAGUGCUACACCAUCUGAUCUAUUUUGUAAUCAAAGUUCGAGUUUGGAAAUAUAAUAUGGUCUAAGAAGAACAAUAUUGGCAGGCCAGGCAUGUAGCCAAUAUGCUGUGAUGAUGUAUUUGGCCUACUGCACAAACCUCAUUCAUGCUGUUCUGCGCAUGCUCUGAGAACGCGCCAUGGAAUACUGUCCGGCGUCGCGGCCUUAUGAGUGUUGACCAAAUUAAAACCUUACGUUGGCUUCGUAAAGCGAGAUCACCCAGUCAGUGGCAGUGAUAUUGAAUAUGUGUUUGGUUGUCAACGCAACCAAAUAUCAACAUUUGAGGGAGAUGUAUCUUCUGCUUGGAUUGUUCCAUCUGUGCCACUGACUUAGUCUGACUUUAAUUCCAGUUUGUCUACAAAUGAAUAAUCGAUAUGUUGAAUUCACGUCUCCAUCUCAACCAAAAAUGUAAGUUAAAGUAUAGGACUAAAUCAAAUCACAUUGUAUUUAAAGUGCAUUUAAAGUUUGAUUUGACUUAGUCAGUGGCACAGAUGGAAGUAUCCAAGCAGAAGAUAAAUCUCCUUCAAAUGUUGAUAUUUGGUUGCAUUGUCAACCAAACACAAUUCACAUUAUUUUGUAAUACAGUAAACAGCCUAAAAUUAAGGCUAUCUUACAAACUAAUGUAACAUACAACCUUAAAAUUAGUAACACAUCCAUGGCCACAUUUUGGGGUUACUGUAACUUUACAUUUCUUCUUAAGUAAUCAUAUAAAGCGUGCAUGUUCAAGAUAGCAUGCAUAGGUCGUCGCAGGUCUGUGGAGAUCUUCACAAUUGCUGUAAUAAUCUGUGCAGAAUCUCGAACGGCAUUGAUCACUUGCACCAUGUACUUUUAAUGUAAUCUCAAAUGCAAUCCAGGUAAUUUGGUUGUGCUAUUAGAUGAAGCACAGUGAUAAUAUGAAUCUGUUGUAUAAAUAGCUAAACAAAACAUCUGACAUUGUAUUCCCAUUUUAAUUUUGCAAUGCUUUAAAAUGGUUGAAAGCGCAGUGAAUAACAUUAGGGUGACACUAAACCAAUAAUCAGACACUCUAUAAACAACUCUGGUGGACAUUCCUGCAGUUAGCAUGCAAUUUGCAUGCUUCCUCAAAAUUUGAGAUAUCUGUGGCAUUGUGUUGUGUGACAAAAUGGCACAUUUUAGAGUGGCCUUUUAUUGUCCCCUGCACAAGGUGCAUCUGUGUAAAGAUCAUGCUGUUGAAUCAGCUUCUUGAUAUGCCACACCUGUCAGGUGGAUGGAUUAUCUUGACAAAGGAUAAAAUGCUCACCAACAGGGAUGUAAACAAAUUUGUGCAGAACAUUUUAGAGAAAUAAGCUUUUUGUUCGUAUGGAACAUUUUUGGGAUCUUUUAUUUCAGCUCAUGAAACAUGGGACCAGCACUUUACAUGUUGCGUUUAUAUUUUUGUUCAGUGUAUUUUGUGCGUAAAGGCUCUCCAAACCUGUUUUUUAUGAAGUAGGUAGAUUCAUCCGAAAUAAUCUACAUCAAGAGUAUUUGUUUAACCAAUUGGUGCUGAAACUGAGACGAAUAUGCAUAUACAGAUUUGGACUCAUCGGUCCAGAGAAUGGACUUCCAGAAACCCUCAGGUUUGUCCAGGUGGUCUCUGGCAAAGUUAAGACGGGCAGUUUGGUUCUUUUUUUACAGCAGAGGCUCCCUCCUAGCAACCCUCCCAUGAAUGGCAUUUCAAUUCAGUGUUCUUUUUGUAUUUUGUAUUUUUUUGUGUAUUUAUUUUACCACUUUUUCUCCCCAAUUUCGUGAUAUCCAAUUGGUAGUUACAGUCUUGUCCCAUCGCUGCAACUCCCAUACAGACUCGGGAGACGCGAAGGUCGAGAGCCAUGUUUCCUCCGUAAACCCGACCCUGCCAAGCCGCACUGCUUCUUGACACACUGCUCGCUUAACCCGGUAGCCAGUCGCACCAAUGUGUCGGAGGAAACACCGUACAACAGGCGACCGUGUCAGUAUGCAUGUGCCCUGCCCGCCACAGGAGUCGCUAGAGCGCGAUGGGACAAGGACAUCCCGGCCGGCCAAACCCUCCCCUAACCCGGGACGACACUGGGCCAAUUGUGCGUCGCCUCAUGGGUCUCCCGGUCGCGGCCAGCUGCGACACAGCCCGAGAUCGAACCCGGAUCUGUAGUGACGCCUCAAUUUUCAAUUUGAGUGUAAUUAUUUUUAUAUAGCCUACACUUUCUCGCUCUGAACUUUUAACGUGGGUGGGAUAUAUGGACGUGUGGUUUCGUGACAAUGACCACAAGAGAAGCUCUGCUCACCGAUUUGACAGCAGUUACACCUCCUAUAGCACCUAAACAAAAGCAAUGAUAAGCUAUGCGUUUGUCAGUUAACGCGGGUUACGGCUGUUUUACUUCAUUGUUUGUAAAUUCAUUCAAUUGAUUGAUUGAAUCACAUUCCUUUACAAAAGCAAAACAAUUAUUCACUAUAAUGCUCCCAUUAAGGGUAGCUAAAUAUCUCUCAUAUAUCCAUGUUUUCUGACUGUCCCUGCCUGCUUUUUCUCUUUGUCUCUGACUGUCUGUCAUUGUAGGAGCCCCAGGCCCAUCGGGAGAUGCCGGCAGCCCAGGCCUCACCACCACCUUUAACUCUGGCUUUCUGUUUGUGAUGCACAGCCAAUCAGACACGCUCCCUUCCUGUCCAGCAGACACGACACAACUGUGGACAGUCUGCUGUACCUGGAGGGCCAAGAGAAAGCCCACACACUGGACCUCGGUACGUUGGUCUACAAUAUUGUGUGUGUUUGUGUGUGAACGAUUGUAACCGGUAACCUAGCAUGUCUUUUCAUCUUACUAGGUCAGGCCGGGUCAUGUAUGCGUCUCUUCAGCACCAUGCCUUACUCCUACUGUAACAUGGGCAUGUGUGACUACGCCAGCCGCAAUGACAAGUCCUAA